AUGGCGUUCAAAUUCAUCUGCUUCUUCGCAUUCCUUGCUUCCACGCAAGCAGGAAUCUUGAAUUCUCCACAACUCCAUUCAGAUGCACCGUCGGUAUCAUACUCAAGUAUAUCUACACCAGUGGAAUAUAAAACAGCAGGUUACGCUAAAGUGGCAUCUCCCGUAUCUUACGCCGCUCCAACCAAAAAAAAUAUUGCAACUGAAGAUUACUCAGCCCCAGCUCACUACAAUUUUGGUUACGCUGUUGAAGAUCCCCAUACUGGUGACGUUAAGAACCAACAAGAAUCACGGGAUGGUGACGUAGUAAAAGGAAGUUAUUCUUUAGUUGAAGCUGAUGGUACCAAGAGAAUUGUAGAGUACACUGCUGAUGCUCACAAUGGUUUCAACGCUGUUGUACACCAUGAAGCUACUGCAUAUCAAUCAAAACCAUUAGCUUCCUACGCCCAACCCACCUACAAAGUAGCAGCUCCAGUUGCUUAUGCUCAACCUGCCUACAAAGUAGCUGCUCCAGUUGCUUAUGCUCAGCCUGCCUACAAAGUAGCUGCUCCAGUUACUUAUGCUCAACCUGCCUACAAAGUAGCUGCUCCAGUUACUUAUGCUCAGCCUGCCUACAAAGUAGCUGCUCCAGUUGCUUAUGCUCAGCCUGCAUACAAAGUAGCUGCUCCAGUUGCUUAUGCUCAGCCUGCCUACAAAGUAGCUGCUCCAGUUGCUUAUGCUCAGCCUGCCUACAAAGUAGCUGCUCCAGUUGCUUAUGCUCAGCCUGCCUAUAAAGUAGCUCCAGUAACUUUUUCUAGUGCUCCUGAAGUAUCUUACUCCAGUAUUUCUUCACCAGCACACCAAAAAUCAGCUACCGCAUACUAUCAUUAA